AUGGUACAUUCCAACACAUCUCAACAACAAGCGUUCUUUUCAAUCGGUCAACCAUCGGUUAAUGUAACGGAGCACCCUCAGUCAAUAAUGAUUAAUCCAACAGUAUCCUCAACGCCAAUAUCAGCUUGCAUCAAAAGAGGGCGCAACGACACUAGUGGUAUUUCAGAUUCGAAUGUGCAAGUGCGACACCAAUAUCCUCAAAACAAUCCUAUUGUUAAUUCUAGUUGUACACCUGUGAAACAUCUACGAGGUAUGAACCAGCCCACCGUUCUAACUUCAAAUAGGUCACAACAAUCUUCAGUCGAAGCUUGUCGCUUUGCAACGGCCAGAUACGUGCGCUCACCUUUAUCGGUAAUUUUUGCACAAGAAGUUCGGGACAAAAUGGUUCUAGAUUAUCUAACCAAAAAUAUAAACGAAAAGUGUAAUUUCAAGUUAAAAAUGGUAGCAUAUACACUGCAAAAAAAUGUAAAAUAAAAAACGAUUAAAGUGUUUAUGAUAGUGCAAUGUGUAACGCAAACCCUUUUCAACCAUUGAUUAAGUCGUCAUGAACCCUUCUAUAAACCCUUUAAAAAGUGUUUAAUAGGGAAUUUAUAAACGUUAAAUAUUCUUUCUCGAAGGUUUUCCCUAGACUGAAAGGAUAGGGUCUAGAAGGCGAAAUUUACCUAUGUCUGUCUGUAACACUUGGUACAAAUGACCAUUUUAAUGGUACAAAGUACCAUAGUCGUAGUACAAGUGACCAUAUAUUUGACACAAUUGUACAUCUUCAUUAUAAAAUUGACUGUUUCUGUGGUGUAAUUCACCAUUUUCACGCCACAAUCAACUAUUUCUAUGGCACAGUUGAUCAUUCUUAUGGCUAAAAUAAGCAUUCCUGUAUCACAAUUGACCAUGCUUGCAUUUGAAAUGGCCAUUACUUAGGCAUAAUUCACCCUGUUUUUGUCGUUAUAAUUAACUAAGCAUAAGUUUUAUAAUAUAUAUUAGCAUGUUUGAAUAUUUUAUGUGAACUAUUUGAAUAUAUCGAUAGUAUAUAAUACUAGACAUGUUACAAAUAAUAAUAAUUUUUUCCUAAUCUCAUCCACACACAGAAUUCAUUCUUUUUUUAAUAUAAAGAUAUCUUGAUCAUCAUACCGUCAGUAUAAGUCCAAAUGAAUCGACAUUGGAUGUCGAUCAGCGUUACUUGUAUGUAAGGAUUUAUCAGAUUCAUAAAUCCUUAAACGGAUUGUGACAUAUUGCGCUUGCAUGAACCUAUGAAAAGGGUUGAUACUCCACAUAAACGGUCGUAUAUCAUCCUCGAAACUGUUUCUAAAAAGGGUUGAUUAAAAUUAGAUACCCACGAUGGGCUCUUAGAAACGGUAUUGGAAAGCAUUAAUGAUAAGGUAUAAUGAGGCGAUUCUUGAUCUCAGUUAUUGUUUUUAGGGUAAAUGCUAGGAUAUAUAGAGUGAUUCAAGAAUGCUUAUUUUAGCCAUAAGAAUGAUCAACUGUGCCAUAGAAAUAGUUGAUUGUGGCG